UAUUGACAUAACAUGGACGUUUUUUGAAUCUAAAAUGAUUGGUAAUAUGAUCGAAAGCAAAAAUAAUGAAACUGAUCUUUGCAGAUAUGACAUGUACGAUGUUGUUGAGAAAUAUCUGGAUGGAGAAGUUACUUUGGAUGAAGGGAAAUUGAAAAUAAAAAAAUUAAUAGAUGAAAAAGAAGACAAUAAGAACAUAUUUACAGAUUUAUUAUCCUUAAUAGAUAUAGAAAUUCAAACUUCAGAGUGCAAAGAUAAAUUAUCUAAAUUUGCUAUUCUACUUUCUUCAUUAAAGAAUAACAUAAUACCCACUCAAACCAUAUUAAGUCAACUUGAUUUAGAGGCUUUGGAACAAGCUCAUUUCAUACCCUCAACUAAAUUAUAUCAUCAAAAAACUGUUCGCAUGAAAACCAAAUUAUUUUACAAGCAACAAAAAUUCAAUUUAUUGCGCGAGGAAAGUGAAGGAUAUGCCAAACUUAUUUCCCAACUCUUGCAAUAUCAUCCAGACAGAGGAAUCUCCUUAAAUAAGACAAAAGAAAUUGUAUCGCAACUCAUAGGUUACUUCAACCUAGAUCCUUGCAGGGUAUUGGACAUAAUUUUAGAGGUGUUUUCUCACAAGCUUUUGGAAUCUGAUUGCUUUAUAUUUUUCAUCAAACUCAUAAAAUACUAUUGGAAUGAACCCAAAGUUAUCAUACAACUCCUGGCAUUUCGUUUUAAUAAUUACAGGAUUAAAAACCAAAAUCCGCCACAAGCCGUUUAUGACGUUACAGCCUUACUUAUCAUAAAUGGAAUACUGGAAGUUGCCGACAUAUAUCCCCAUUUAUUGCCAGACGACAAAAUCCUCCAGCUUUCCACCGAUGCACGGGUAAACGAGAUUAAAAGCUUCAUAAAACGGCUCAACCCUACGAGGCUUAAGGAACUGGAAGAUUACCAAGAUACAUGUAUAGACAAGGCGGGCUUGGAGUUAUGGACAUACCCUCCUUCAUUUACUUCUUUGGAUGCUUCUUCCCAAAAUACAAAUCAAUCCUCAAACACUAAUCUAAAUCUUAACAUCAUCACAAAUGAAAACAACACAAUCAACCAAAAAUUAGAAAUGGCCAGAUCUUUGAUAAAAUUUGGUGGCUGGCCCCACUUGCAUUACAUGAUUCAAAACCAUCCUCACCUCUACAUGUAUAUGGAUUUAGAAAUCAUGUCUCACGUAUGCAAAUAUUUGCAAUUUGUCCUAAACCCUUUAUAUUUAAAAUGUGCCAAAAAGGUCUGCCCUGUUAUCAAAUCUUCCACGACUCCCAUCGUAUCCAACAUUACCUUAGCCAUUCUAAAUCGUUCUAGCAAAGUUAACGAUCUUCCCACUUUUUUCGCCCGUUAUAAGCCACUGAUCGAUUUCUUGGGUCCACUAAUAUAUGACCGUUCUAAUCUUCUGGUUAUAAAUCAACUUGUCCGAGUUCUCGAUCAUUAUCUUGCCACUAAUUCAUUAAAAUUUUCCAACAUUGAUACAUGUGAAAGUGACGUGACCUACUGCGAUAUUCUAGACACUCUCAGGUGCUCCCUUCUCCCUUCCCUCUCUCAAUCGUCUUACAAUUGCUGUCUAUCCGAAUCAAUAGGACGAAUGAUGAAACAUAUCCAUUAUCAGCAUAGAUACAACUUAUAUAGUAAUUGGAAGGCGCCAGUAUCGCUAACAACAACUGACGACGAGUACCUUUUAACACAUGGAGACGUUAUGGUGUCCAAAAUCAAAACGAAUAUCAAAUCCAAAUACAUUAUGAGGCGAUUAUCAAAAGACAACAUAAAGCAAAUGGGUCGUCAAAUAGGCAAAUUAAGCCAUUCCAAUCCUGGAGUUUUAUUUGAACACGUUCUCAAUCAAAUCCAAUAUUACGAAAAUUUGAUAACGCCUGUCAUAGACACCUUACGUUACAUAACUUCUCUAUCCUUCGAUAUUUUGAUGUAUUGCCUUCUGGAAUCACUUUGCAGAGGUCGGUCCUUGUCCACUUCCAUCACCGCAGGUCCUAUCCUCGAUCGUGACGCUUGGUUUUCUAAUGCCUGCUCCUUUGCUGGUAGUGUUGUCAAAAAAUAUGCGGCAUGUGACGUCACUGGACUACUCUAUUAUGCUGUUAACGGUCUCAAAGUGGCGGCCUUCAGUGGAACCGGAUUUAGAGGGCCCGUGACUGACCUUAACGAGUCGGGCAAGACCGAGAUUGAACCUGGCGAGACCGAAAAUCUUAGUCGGACAUCGCAAAGAGGUUCAGAACUCCUGCUCGUAUUGAAGGAAUUGGUUCACAAGAUGUCGGGUAUAGAGAUGAAUGACACGGCGUCAACGCGGGAACAGAUUGAGGCCUUGAGUGGAGGCGACCUACUCAAAUCCGAGGCUGGUUACUUUUCCCAAAUACGCAACACUAAGCGUUCUUCCCAGCGAUUGAAAGAAAGCCUCAUCAACUCCGACAUUCUGAUUCCCAUGGCCAUCCUCAUAUCCCAACAAAGGGAUUGCGAAAUCUUCAACCCUACCUUGCCUCCUAUAAACGAUAACAAUAAUGAAACGAGCGUUACUACCAAUGAUUCUGAUCACAUUAAAUUGCUAGGAAAACUUUAUGACCAGGCACAAGACGCUCUCGUCCAAUACGUUACAUUCGUAUCCACUAAUUUUGCCGUCGAAGAAUACGUUCAUUUACUGCCUUCCCUCCCAGCACUUAUCAAUGAUUACCAUUUGGCCUUCGACGCAGCCUUCUUUAUUCGGCGCCAUUCGCUCGCUUUGACCCUCAAGGGCAAUAAAUAUUUCGAAGUGCUAAAGCAUUUAUUGGCGGAUGAAGCUGAACACGUAGCAGCUCUAAUGCCUCCUAAAGUUUGGGAAGACAUUAGUCCACUCUUUUUCGUUACAUUUUGGACGUUUUCACGGUACGAUAUCUACUUUCCGGCUGAGGCCUAUGCCCGAGAGAUAGCUAAGCUUAAACAUACGCUCAAUGCCUUAGACGAAAAUAAUCGAGAUUCAUUGCCGGUGAAAAAAAAGAAAGAAAAAGAGAAGCUGGUAUCGUUGGUGGAUAAACUUAAGGAGGAAGAAAACGUUCAAAAGGAGCAUGUUAAGGCAAUUAACGAAGUUUUUGAUCAAAUCAAAUCUGAUUGGUUUUAUCAACAAGCGUCUAGGAACGACAUGAUAACUCAAUUCCUCCAGAAAUGCAUAUUCCCUCGUGUCGCAUUUUCCGUUACAGAUGCCAUCUAUUGUGCCGAAUUUAUAAAGCUGCUGCAUUGUCUCAAGACCCCUUACUUUGCCACACUCAUUUGUUUUGAUAGGAUAUUUUGCGACGUGACAUAUAUCAUGAUAAGUUUGACCGAAAACGAGGCCGCUCGCUACGGCAUAUUUUUGAAUUCGCUCAUGGAAACUGCCCUAAGCUGGCAUUCUACCUAUGAUAAUUAUAAAAAAGAAUGCAUCGGUUUUCCAGGUUUCAACGUUCUUAAAAACAACCCUUCCUCUACCAUUGAUCCAUCUUUUCCUAAAUUGGUAAACGAUUCCGCUCAGACCAGUUCUGGUUCUGUUAACCCGACUUCUGCUGGCAUGGACGCAACAAGCACCACUGCUAAAAAACUAUCUCAUCAAUCCCCAUCAAAUCAACAAUACCUCUCUUACGAAGAUUUUAGACACGUGUGUCACAAGUGGCACUUCAAGAUGACGAAAUCGGUCGUUCUAUGCCUUGAAUCUGGUCACUACGCUUCCAUUCGCAACACCAUGAUCGUGCUAACCAAAAUUUUACCAAGUUACCCCAUAAUAGUUAAUUUGGGAUCCGCAUUGGAAAGACGUAUAGACAAGAUCAAGAAUGAAGAAAAAGACAAGCGGGCCGAUUUGUAUGCUCUAGCUGUUUCUUAUUCUGGAUACCUGAAACAUAAGAAGAGCAAGUUUAUCUUAGAACAAGAUUUUCACAUCAAGGAACCUGCUUCGAGUCAUAAACAAGACAAACUCAAAAGUAAUAACAACCCACCUAGCAAUAUGGUAGCUGCCGCGAGUAAAGACAAAUGUGUCAAAAGUAAUAAUAGCCUUGUUAACGAUUUACUUAGUACUAUUAAUAAUGUUGUUACCAAAACCAAUAAUAACGAUCAACCAAUCGAUAAUUCUUCUCUCCCUGAUAACCCCUUAAAUAAAGCGACCGAAAAGACUCCAAAUAACAUUGCCUCAUCACCUGCUGCCAUAAAACCAACGAAAACAUUAGCCGAUACCCACGUUGAAAAGCUAACCAUCAAGAAAGCUAGUCCUAUUAUAACAGACAUUGCAGAAAAACAUAAAUUGGUGCCAACCCCUCCAAGUCAAAAUGGAAUGAUGCCUCUUGUGCAUAAAGAGACAAAUCAAGAUUCCAGUCAUAAGGAUGUGGCUAAGGAAAAACCGACAGAUGUCUUUAAAGUCAACGCUAAAGAGGUAACAAAUGCCGAUGUGUUGAAAAGGUUAUUAUCCCCCCAAAAAAGCUUCAGCAAUGAUGGAAUCACAGGUUUAGACCUUCAAACAGGUUUAGAUUAUAUAAAAAUGGCUCAAAAAUCCCCCUUAAUAACUCCAAAGCGAAAUUUAAACACAAAUUACACACCUACUCACGGCAGUAGAGAAAAGGAUAAAAUAACGGAUGGUUUAGAUAAACCUAUUCACGUUCCCAUACCUCGACAGAAUUCAAAGUCUAUUAAUUUGGCAGAAGAUCGCAGAAAUUCGGGCAUAAAUAGUGACUACAAAGUUCAUUCCAUGAAUUCCAAGGCUCGAUCUAAUUCCCCUGACUUUCAAGCUGCUGUUCAAUCUAAUCCUUCGCAUUUCUUGCAAGAGAUUGGAAUUAGUCCUAAAAGGGCAAGAAGCAGCGUGUCGCCUAAUGGACUUGUUACUAAACACGAGAAAAAAUUAAAUUCCGGAUCUUCGCAUAAAACGAGAUCUCACAAAUCAGCUUCGUUAUCCUCCCAAAAACGUUCUAAACGUACACCAAAAUCAGAUCAUUCUGCAACUAUAUCUCACUUGCAUAACCAACCUCUUAAAUCGAAAGAAAGGAAACUAAAGAAAAAAACCAAGGAAAAAAGGUCUACCUUCCCCUGCACAAAACUUAGAAUGAGGACAAAAAAUAGUAACGCCGAAUCGCUCUUGGCCACCCCUUCAGCAGCUAUAACCGAUGAUAUAAAAAUUUCGAUAAAAUCAGCGGAUAAUCAGUCGAGCCGGCGCCGUCGCUUUUCCCGAACGCAGGAAAAUGAUUCGUUGACUUUGAAAUCUAAUCGAAAGGCCUAUCGUCGCUCUGAUCUAACUGCCAAACAAACUACUGCUCCUGAUGCCUUAAAUAACAACUCAGACGCGACCAUAACUAAUACUCUCAUCCUUUCCGUUCCUCCCUCCGAACCUUUUAAUAUUGCCUCUUUAAAAUCGGCUCCCAAAAAUCGUCAUCAGCUGCAGACGAAAUCUCGCAACACCAACAUCAUAUCCCUUGUACGAAAAGCCGUAAAUCAAAUCUUCCCACCCUCUUCACGACAACAACGCCCAUCUUCACCCGUUUACCAACCGUCCAAUCAAUUGCCGACGCGUAGAGCCUCUUCUGUCGAAGACAUUUCGGACGUAGAAGAAGGGGGCGAUGCACCAUUCUCUUGUAACGCUGCUACUGGCAGUCGCGUGGUAAGUUCUAUUGUUUUGAGUCGAAUUCGCAGAGAAAGUCAAAAAUCCGAAAAGCAACAACAUCACAAGCAUAGACAUCACGGGAGGAGGCCUUGAGCAUUACUUAAAAAAUAAAAAGAUACGAGAAACAGAAUGGGAAAUAAGGUCAUACCUGGGAAACAAGAACAAUAAUCUUAUAUUUCAAUAAGGAAAUUUAAAUAUUGGAAUCAUUAAUGCUUUUUAUUAAAAUAUUACUUUUUGAUAAUCAAUAAUGUAUACAACUUAACAUAUAUAUAAUUUUUCUUCAUUUUCAUUUUAGACCCUAGAAUUAUUAUUAUUAAUUUUUUGUUAUUGUUACUUAAAUUAUUUGAUUUUGUUAUGGUAUGGGUUUCAUAACUAAUUAUUAUCCUCAUAUUAUUUUGAAAUUUGGAAAUA